GCCCCUCCUCAUGCCACGUGACAUUUACGACCCAGCUGUCCCUGACUCCCCUGCUCACUCUGCCUCAUCGCACCAGCACCAGCAGCAGCAGAAGGAGCAGCAGCAGCAGCAGCAGCAGCAACAGCAGCAGCAGCAGGUGCAGCAGCAGCAGCGGAUGGAGCAGCAGCAGCAGCAGCAGCAGCAGCAGCAGCAGCAGCAGCAGCAGCAGGAGGUGCAGCAGCGGAUGGAGCAGCAGCAGCAGCAGCAACCGCAGGCAGUGCAGCAACAGCAGCCGCAGCAGGAGGUGCAGCAGCAGCACCAGCAGCAGCCACAGCAGCAGCAGCAGCAGCCACUGCAGCAACCUCAGCAGCCGCAGCAGGAGGUGCAGCAGCAACCUCAGCAGCAGCCACUGCAGCAGCCUUGCUGAUUCGCAGCCGUGAUGUCGUC